CAUAAAUACACACCACACCACUCCAUUCCUCAAACCAACAUCUCCCUUUUCUCCAUACCAAAACUAAAAAAAAAAAAAAUAUGGCACCGAAAAUGGUGACCAGUUUUCGGCGCUCCCUUUCCUUCCCGAACCCGCCGUCCUCACACAAUGCAUCUAAACCCCGGAAUGCCCUCCACGUGAGAUCCACCAGUCUCCCGUGCCGCUCGCACCCCAUUAUUUCCCAGCUCCAAGACGAGAUCUCCGAGCUGCACUCCUGGUCCGCCGCCUCCCGCACCUCCGCCUGGCUCUGCGACGGCCUCCGCCGCCUCAAGUCCGUCCACGAGUCCCUCGAUGAUCUCCUCCACCUCCCCCAGACGCGCGACUCCCUCCGCGGAGGGGACUACUCCAAUCUCAUCGACAAGCUUCUCGAAGACUUCCUCCGCUUCGUCGACGUCUACGGAACCUUCCAGACGCUUCUCCUCCGCCUCAAGGAGGAGCACUCGGCCUCGCAGAUCGCCGUCCGGAGGAAGGACAACGCGGGAGUGGCCGCGCACUCCAAGAAUCUCAACAAAAUCGCCAAGGACAUCAAAAAGCUCUCCUCCAAUUUCGUCUCCGUUGGGAAAUCAGCGGCCGCGGCGGCUCCGGCUCGGGCGCCGUACGAUGAGGAGGCGGAGCUGGUGGACGUCAUCCACGGCGUCGUAGAGGCGACGGUGACGGUAUCCAACGCGCUGUUCGGCGGGAUUUCGAGCUCGGCGGCGUUCCGGAAGCCGUCGUGCAUGGGGCUGAGUUUUGGGAGGAAAACGAAAAACGUGAAAGUUGAGGGGGGGAUUCGCGAAUUCCAAGAGUUGAAUUUGGAGAAUUUGAGGAAGAAGGCGGAGGAAGAGGUGAAGAGUGCGUUCAAGAAAAUGCAUGAAAUGGAAGAUCGGAUUUUGGAGAUUGAAGAAUGUGGGGAGAGGGCAUUUCGGAGCUUGAUUAACACUAGGGUUUCAUUGCUUAAUGUACUCACACAAUAACCUAAACUUUUUAGAAAAAGAAAAAAGAAAACAACAGGAAACCAAAAUUUACAGUUCUAUUUAUUGUUUUCAUAUAUAUUUUUUAUUUUGAUAUUUUGAAGUUUGAUAUUUACACUGUAUAGUUACGAUUUACACAGAUGGUGAUUCAGAUUUUGCCUAAUUACUUUAGUACAAAGAAUUAUUUAAUUUA